AUGACUCCGAUUCUGCACAUCUCUACCAGCACCAUCCGACCAACUAAUGACGGUGAUGAUGAGUUAAAUCACAGAUCAAUCGAGUUAACUCCUUGGGAUCUGCGUUUGAUCCAGGUCGAUUACAUUCAAAAGGGGCUGCUCUUCAAGAAAUCAGCAGAGACGGAAGAGAGCAGUAGCUUGAUAGACCACCUAAAAUCCACGUUUUCCCGUACCUUUAAUUUCUACCCGCUCGCUGGUCGGUUUGCCCUGACUAAAAAUGAUAACGACAACACCUGUUCUUUCUUCAUCGAUUGUAAUGGCAACGAAGCUGAGUUUGUCCAUGCAGCUGCCGAUGGUGUCAAAGUGGAGGAUAUCCUUGAUUCCGUUUAUUUUGCAGAUGACAUUGUCAACCACCUCUUUUGUAUGAUGGAUGCUUGGAACUACAAGGGUAUUACAAAACCAUUGCUUGCAGUACAAGUCACCGAACUUGUUGACGGCAUCUUUAUUGGUUGCAGUAUAAACCAACAUUCAAGAAAUCAUGACCAAGAAGCCUCUAAUUGGACAUGGAUUGUCGUCUCCGAAUUCUUCACAGCGGGUAGUAUUUCAUUUUCGUAA